AUGUCCACUCCAGAGCGGGCCCCUGCUGCCCGUUUGGAUGGAAAGGCCUCAUUGCGUUCCGUUUCAUCUCUCAUUGGUCUCCAGCUCUUUUCACGUAUUGCCACAUUCGCUUUCAAUCAAAUUCUCUUCCGUUAUGCAUCUCCCGAAGCCUAUGGAACGGCUGCUGUUCAGUUCGAGCUCAUCUUGAGCACCAUCCUCUUCCUCAGUCGUGAGGGUGUUCGCAACGCUUUGCUCAGAGCUUGGCCUCAGAAACCUACUUCCCCCCAUCACGACUCUCGCCCUUACAAUGCUGCUCUCAAUCUGGCCUCUGUUCCGUUGGUCGUCGGCCUCCCUAUCGCUGCGGUUACCACCUUAUCAUACAUCUUCGCGGCCUCCAAAGACACACAGUCCCAAGCACUGUUCCAACCUGCAGUCCUCACAUACGCUAUUGCUGCAGUUAUUGAGCUCAUGAGCGAGCCUCUGCAUAACCAGGCUAUGGGAGAAGGUCUUACCAGUGUGAGGGUUAGCGCAGAAGGCCUCGGCAUAACCGGGAAAUCUCUUGCAACCUGUGGCAUGUUGCUUUUUGACUCGUGGAGUGGUUAUGGUGGUGAGCUCGCCUUGCUUGCGUUCGGGCUUGGGCAACUUGCGUACAGUGUCCUUGUCGUUGUGGCAUAUUCUAGUCGCUUGGGUUGGCCUCAACUUUGGCCUGUGCGAUUGACUGGCAUCUUCCCAAGAGAAUCGGCGACGGCCCAGUUUUCAUCUUUCUUCAAUACCGAGGCCCUCCAGCUCGCGCUUUCAAUGACGUAUCAUUCAUUAAUAAAGCACCUAUUGACUGAAGGUGACAAGGUCAUUGUCUCAUGGUGGAGCCCCCUCGAUGGUCAGGGUGGUUACGCACUGGCUGUGAACUACGGCUCUUUGGUUGCUCGGAUUGUAUUUCAGCCUGUUGAAGAAAUUUGUCGACUGUACUUUUCCAAGCUGCUUUCAGAAACCAAUACUUCCAAGGCGAAAGCUCAGCGAGAAUCAGACUCAGCAAACGCUUCGAGUGCUUUGAUGACGCUGAUUUCUGUACAGCUUGCUUUUUCCGCUCUGGUACUCGUGUUUGGGCAUUCAUACUUGCCCAUAGCCUUGCAUGUGCUGCUGCCUCCACAAUACCUCGCGACUAGUGCCCCUCAGGUGCUCUCUGCUUGGGUGUGGUAUAUCCCUUUCCUUGCGAUAAACGGAGGGUUAGAAGCGUUUCUAUCUAGCGUCAUGACUCCUUCACAGGUCAGGAGCCAGAGUCGCUGGAUGAUUGCCUUUUCGGUAGUCUACAUCUCGUCAGCGAUAACCCUAUAUUCCCUGGGUUUUGGAGACGCUGCUCUUGUUUAUGCCAACAUUAUCAACCUUAGCGCUCGCAUCGUCUAUGCCCUGGAGUUCACAAGCUCUUAUUUCCUGAACGUAGGUCGGCCUCUCGACUGGCGAGCUGCCUUGCCUCAUAAAUAUUUUGUGGCCAUGGUGUGGCUCUCAUAUACCUUGAUUGAGACUUAUGCACGUCGCGCCGCUGUCAUGAAAGCAGUUGAAGAAAGCGGGCGACAAGCUGUCUUUUCCCGUGUUGUAGUUAGUCACAUAGCACUUGGAGGUGUACUCGGUAUCUUAUGUUUGACUUCGUGGUGGAUCUUAAUUGGUUCCUCUCUUAGGUCGAGCUAUUUACACCAUAAAAAGGACUAGGUUGUAUGUCUGUUCAUGAAACUUCCCUAUACUCCGAUGUGACUCUACAUAUUGCUAGCCC